GCUAUUGGGCAGUGGAUUGUAAUAUUAACCGGUUCCUAAGCGCGCAAGAAGUUCAUUUGUAAUUUAUUCGUUUAACUGAAAAGAAGGCACACACUUGUUCACAGUUUUGUUUGAAAUUCGAUGGGUUAUCAGCACUGGCCAACGGAUUUUCCAGACGAGUAUAAGACUCCUCUUCUAGAAAAAAAAAAGGGAGAAACGAUCCUUAAUAGAACGUAUACCCGCUCGCUAUGUCCUGACACUUCUUACUUUUCUGGGGCUGGGUAUCCAGUAUACCCAGCGAGUCAACCUCAGUGUCACCAUGGUCGCCAUGGUCAACUCCACCUUCAUCGAGGGAAAGGAGAACGACACAACCUUGGAUGAAUGCCCAAACAUCUUCUCAGCUUCAGACAAUGUCACCAGACCUUACAAGGAGGGUAAAUUUACAUGGAGUCCUUCGACACAAGGUAUUAUCCUCGGCGCUUUCUACUAUGGCUACAUCUGCACUCCUUUGCUAGGAGGUCGACUCUCAGAACUGGUGGGUGCAAAAUGGUUACUUGGUGGAGGCAUCUUUUUUACUUCCUUACUUACUUUGAUUACGCCUUAUGCAGCUGAGCUUGGAGUUGCCGCUAUGGUUGCGCUUCGUGUCAUAAUAGGCGCUGCACAGGGUGUAAAUUCUGCUUCCAUGUACGCUAUGUUUUCGAGAUGGGCCCCUACCGAGGAGCGCAGUCGUUUGUUGUCUAUCUGCACUAUUGGUCAGCAUGUAGGGACUAUCAUUACCAUGCCUGUCACUGGUUCCCUGAUACAGUACGACGUCUUUGGUGGAUGGCCAUCGGCAUUCUAUUUAUUUGGUUGCAUAGGCUGCGUGUGGUUUGUAUUCUGGGUCUUUCUUGUAUAUAACACCCCAGCAGAACAUCCCCGAAUCUCCAAAAGAGAACUCAUGUACAUACAACAAAAUCUACCGCAAGUCUCUGCGGAGAGAAAUAAUCGUCCUAUUCCUUGGGGCCAGAUCGUUCGUUCUAAAGCUGUGUGGGCAGUUACAAUUGCGAAGUUCGCCGGUACAUGGGGCUUCACCUGCCUACUUACGAAACUGCCCGCUUACCUCGCCGAUGUGCUUCAUUUUCCUAUUCAAAAGAAUGGUAUGAUAAAUGCUUUAGUGUACACUGCUGAAAUCGCUGCCAUGUUCCUCUCUGGUUGCUCCUCUGAUUACAUCCGAAAGAAGAAUUGGUUGUCCAAUACGAAUAUCAGAAAAUUAUUCGAGACGCUCGCUCUUGUGGGUCCUACUAUAUGUUUGGUCCUGAUUCCUGCCAUGGGUUGCAAUCAGUGGCCCGUCGUUGCUCUCAUUAUAAUGUCUAUGGGAUUCUACGGGAUGGUCGGAGGAGGAGAUAUACCGGCAUUUGUAGACAUCGCUCCCGAACUCGCUGGAACGAUUUUCGGAUUGGCUAAUGGCAUCGCUGGAACGACAGGAUUUUUAUCACCUCUUGUUGCGGGUAUUUUCUUGGAUAAAGACCACGGUGGAAUGUUCCAGUGGUCUAAAGUAUUCUACACCUCAUGUGGCAUCUAUGCUGGCGGAGCCUUAGUCUUCCUGAUAUUCGGUUCCGCUGAACCGGAACCUUGGGCCGUUUCCCAGGAAGAACCGACGAGUUCAGGAGAAUACUCUAGGAAAGCUUCUGUUCGUUCCGACAUUGAGAUUUCUCUUAGCAUUCACGCUUCCUGCCCACGAUGACUCCUCAACUCAACUCCAUGCAAAGAAGGUCCGCCUUCCUCCGAAGCAAGGCGCCCCGGCACUCAGUAGGGCGGCCGUGAGGAGCGGCAUUAAAUUCGUGCCCCCGAAAUAACCGAGAGAUACAUGAGUGUGAAUGUAUUACGAAGGUUAUUGUCUUGUAAAAGGGACUGCUUAAAAUGAUCGAGAAAAUAUGAGAAUAUAAGAACUGCUAUAAUAUCAAGCGAAAUUUGUGAAAUGGAUCAUGAGAUUUUUUGCUUUUAUGCAAAUGAAAUUUAUAAUUAUCAUUAACAAAAAAUUCUUAACUAUUGUCAUUCCUUCAAAUUUUAAAAACGUAAUUUAUAGUUAUGCGAAUACACUCAUUUAAAUUAGUAUUUAAUUUUUUUGUAAUUUUAUCUUACUAAUUCCUACUGAAUUAAUGAUUUCAAUAAACCAAGUAUUCUAAUUCAUAGUUUGUGAACUUCUAAGAAUUUAAAUUUAUUCUUGCAUUAUAUUUGCAUAAUAGAGUAUAAAAUAUGUUUUCAGUAUUUAAAUCUUCUAUUGGAAUGCUAACAUGUUAAAAUUUGGCAAAAUUCAAUCGGUCGCAUCAUUAUUGUGACUUUAUUCAUAUUUCAAAAUUGUUUUAUGUAUUCCAACAUGCUCCUAAGCAAGUUUAUUUGAGAAUAAAAAAAAAGUUUUGCAUUAUGUAUCGCAAUGAAAAAAAUGUAAUGGGGGUAGGACAUUUCUGCGUCAUUUAGCUGGUGGAAAAGCAGUAUUUAUUUAAAUGUUAAAGUUCCUUCUGAAGAGCAUAUACAUAGUAUAUGGAAUAAUAUAUUCAUACACCGAAAAUAAAAUUUUUUAAACUUAAUUCAAACAAUUAAUUCUUUUUCAUUUUUUUUUCAAAGAUAUCACAGACGUACAGUUUUUUUGGGAGAUUUUUGUAUAAAGAUUUUAAAUAAUAUAAUACCCUUAAUUUUUUAUCACAGACAGAUGAAAUCUGUGGAAUUAUAGUAUAUGCAAAUUUUUAAUGUCAGAAUUAUGUCAACAAAUAAAAUUAGUUAGAACUUGUAAAUAGAAUCAUUUUACUCUACAAAAUGGCGUUCAGAAUACUGGAUAUUUCAUUCAAAUGUUUGGCUUGAAAACUAUUGGCUAUACGCAAUAGAAAAAUGACAUAGGUGUGAUAAAAUGAAAAGAAUCUAUCCUAAAUUUCCCAGCCAAGGCCACGAAUAUCUCAGCACGUAUGUUUUUGCAUGAAUCGCAGCUUCCCAACAAUAGGGAGCCAAUGAAAUUCCUAAACAGGAUUAGUUUUACGAUUCAUAAAUAACGCUGAAGUCCUCGGCCGUUUUUUUGAUUCGGUGAUUUCUUUGCGCAAUGCCCGAAAAGGGGAAAGACAGAAGUAUAUUCAGUUAUGGCAGCAAGGCCGAUCGUCGCUUGUUAAUGGAAAAUAUGUACGUAUGUAGGAAACGGGAAAUGCUCGGGAAGCUUUGCUGUGGUUAUUGCGACACGUCUUGUUGUGGCGGUUUAAAAAGCGUACUCUUCUUCCUAUUGUUCUGACCUUCUUUUGUCUUUUGUUUUGCAAAAUAACUCUUCUGUAGCGAUCGUCCUUCACAUUGAGUUCCAUGGCUUCUUAAAUGUCGUAUGUCUGUAUACCGAAAUGCCGCAAUGGGAAGUACGAGUACAGUUGUAGGCUAAACGAAUCAGCAGAAAAAUGGCCUUCUUCCUUUGUAGCAAUUCCGGAUUCACAGCAGACUGAAUAAUAUUUAUUGUAGUAAAAGUUUUUUUAAGACACAUUCUUAAGGAUAUUUGGGAUGGUGUCCCACAUAUUAUCGGUUCACAUAUAACUAAUUAAUCAUAAAAAUAAGUAUUGCUUUUUGGUGUGUGAAUAUUUUUCUCUGAAUGUAUGAGAAGGGCGGAAAAUGAAAAAAAUAUAUAGUACUUAUAUUUUGUAAGGUGUGUUGUGCAUUUUUUACAUCCUAUUUUUGGAUCUCGAUACAUGUGAUCUAAAAAGUAUUUGCAUGUUUUUAUAUGUAAUCUAACUUAUUUGCGAAUAUGCAUUUAACUGUAUGCGCGAAAUGUAUUCUUUUUUAACAUUAUUUAUAUUUUAUAUUCGUCUUGGAUACGGGAUUAGAAUCCGCGUUCAUGUGUUCGGCCAAGUGUGGCAUUGUGAUGCAAUGUACAAAGUUAAUCUUCCUUUGAAACCCAUUGUACAUAUAUGUAUAAUAAAUGCCUUCUGUAAAGUUUA